GCCGUCUUCUCUCAUACCGUGACUUCCUUCUGAACACAUACUAGAGUAUACGAAGACGACAGCACGAUGCCGCGAAUCAGCGACAUCUGGCUACCAUGCCUCAUCCUUCUUGUGUUUUGGGCGCGCCCCACUGCAGCUUUUGGUGCGGGCAACAUCGCGAGCCUGAGUUCCAUUGAGGGACAGAACUGGCGCCAUGGAGAUAUCGAAGAUACGCUGCUUACGCUACUUAUCAGCGGCCGCACUGGCAAGAAGUUCAGCAAAAUGGACGUCAAGCGCGUCUACUUUGGCAACUGGCUCCGCGACUACUCGCAGGCAGUUGAUGUCGGCACUGUCAAGAUGGUGUCAGCAGAGGCUAUUCGCAUUCUUCUUUGGAUCCUGGGAUUCAUGAGCUUCGGAUACGGCACCAAGGAGUUCGAAGUCACUCGCGACCGUCUCGGCUGCUACAGGCCAGAGGAGCACAUCGACAACCCCAAGGACUACGCUGAUAACAUUGAUGCUCGCGACUAUGAUCGCCGCCUACGAGGCCCCGUCGAUGAGCGCCGCGAGCUCAGCAUCGACGAGGAAACCGGCCUCAAGAACUACAUUGCAUCGGAAGGCUUGGGUAUCGCAACCUCGGCAGGCAUGGUUCGCGACCUGCUCAGACGCUGCAUUGAUCUGGGCCGGCGCUCUCGAGGACAAGGCCCCGACUUUUACGAAGCUCUCCGUCUUCUCGGUACUGCCACGCACUGCCUUGAGGACUACGCUGCUCACUCCAACUACGUUGAGCUUGCCUUGAUCGAGAUGGGUGAAGGUGAAGUCUUUCCUCACGUUGGCAAGAACGCUCGUUUUCAAGUUCGAGAUGCUCGAAAGGAAGUGUACCCCAUUGUCACGGGUACUUUUGGGGGUGUCGAUUUCCUGCACUCCGUGUGUGGAGAGUUUUCGGACAAGGCUACGCAAUCCGAGCUCCAGGAGCUUGAGGGCGCCAUCGCCAACGCAGAAAGGAGCAAGAACAAGAGCAAAAUUAAGGAUCUCCUCAGUAAGCUCCCCGACGGCAUCUUUGGUGGCAAAGAUGAGGCUGGCAAGGCCGAUAAGCUCGAAGACAAUGCCAACGCUGCAGCCAUGGGUAACAUACAAAUCACCCCCAAGGAACCCGAGGCGUUUACUCAGCAGAUCGGGGAACUGGUCAAGCAAAUCUACCCCAUUAUGGAAUUCCACGAUGAGAUUAUGCAAGCCAUCGCUGAGUUCAUCGAGAAGAUUCCUAUCCUGCCAGACUUGAUUGAGGAAGUCCAGAACCAAGUCACAAUAUUCGUCUUCAGUCUGCUUGCACCCUAUAUCUUGCCUAUCCUCAACCAGGUCAAGACUGAGCUCGAAGAGGGCUCGACUGAGGUCAUUGCCAGCUCCCGCGAUAAGCAGCACAUUGUCUUCAACGACGAUGAUUGUACCGACCCCACCCACAGUAUGCUUUCGAAGGAUCAUUUCUCUAACGUACUCAACGAGCCCGCUGGACGAGUAGCUUCAGCCACCAUUGCAUGGGCUGUUCCGCAAAUUGUUCAAUGCUGGGAUGGUGAGGCGGACCCUGAAGUGACCAUUGAUCGCAUCAUCAAGGGAGUAUUCCACCAUCCCGCCUGUGUCACUGGUAUUGAGAAUGAUGCAAUCAUCGAAGGCCGCAAAACCAUGUUCGAUACUGUUCGGACAUGGUGGGGAUCCAAAGACGAGCAAGCGAAGAGAACGUUCCGUGAGCAACUCAGCAGAGGAGGUGUAGAAAAGGGUCAGAACCAUAAGGAAAACGUCCAUGAUAAGGGCCAUGGCUGUGGAAAGCCUCUGGGCAUGGCCAACAACUUUGGCGCGACUGGAGGCAAGGGUGGUGCUCCCAAUGCACAGAUCCAGCAAGCCUCUGAUCAUGUGGGUAAACUCGCAGGCGAAGCCGUCGGCGGCGGUGCCCUGGGUGGACUCGUUGGAGGCCUUGUUGGAGGCAUUGGAGGCUCUAUACUCGGAGGGGCAUUUGCUGAACAGGAGAGGAAGAGUCGCCAGGAGGAAAGAUAUGGCCAAGACGGUUCUUAUACGCAGUCGUACUCUGAAACCGGUCACCACCAAGGAUCCUCGUACGGUGACAGCGACCGCUAUGGGCAUGCCGAGUACCAACAGACACAAUACCCAAGCGGUGGGCGUCGCGAGGAGUACUCUCGUGAAGAGCGAGACAAUCAUGGUGGAUCUUACAGUUACCAGCAGAGGGUCGAGACCUCUAGCUACAGUGGAUCCGGCGGAUAUGAACGUCAUGAAGAGCGUCGCGUCCAGCGUGGUAAUGAGUGGCGUUCUGACGAGACUCGCGAAGGUUUUGACCAAUCAGGACAAUACUACUCAGAAGAGAAAGAGCGACGUGGUUCGGGGGACCAUAGGCGUCACUCCCGCUCUCGUUCUCGCGGACAUGAGCACCGCCGUCAAAAGAGCGGCAGUCGAUCACCUAAGCGUUCUUCCGGGGGUUACGGCCAGGAGCAACGCUACGGCGAGGAGUCUGGAUAUGGUCGCCGCCAACAGGACUAUGGCCGUGAAGAGUCGUACAGGUAUGAAAGUUCGAGUCAUGGCGGCUACUCUGGAGACUCUGGCCGCCAGCAGUCUCGGUAUGGUACUGACUCUUAUAGCUCUGGCGGAUACGGUCGUCAAGAAGAGUCAGGAUACGGUCGUCAAGACAACCAUGGUGGUUCUUAUGGGCAGAGUCACAGCCAACAGAGCUACAGCCGCGAGGAGUCUUACUCUUCUGGUGGAUAUGGCCGCUCUGAAGGCCGCGAAUACGGUGGCGAGCAACCUGAGCGAUCCUACGGUGCUUCGGGAGUUCCUGGCGGUUUUGGUGGCGAAGACGAGUAUGGGGAGAGAAGGCAAGAGCAUGGUUCUGGCAGGUAUGGUGGUAGCAGCGGUGGAUAUGGAGGAUCUAGUGGAUAUGGAGAUGAGGGGUACGGAAGGCGAUACUAAGUAGGCCAUCCUUCGGGUGGGGCCUUUCAUGCCUAGGUGCAGUGCGUAGAGCACCAUGUUGACUUUGUCGUGGUACCUGCAUGAGCACCUAGUGCAUGCAUUUGAUGACUAACGACUAACAAUAUUACGCGAUGUAUUG